AGCCGUUGGACCUCCUUCUUAUACCAUUUAAAUACUCUCUCACCAAAUACUUUAGCUUUCCGUCAAGAAACCCGAGUCUCUCUCCGCUCCUCUCUCUUUCUCUCUCAAAGACCAAGAAAAACCUUUUUUCAGACCAAGAAACAAGAUUCCAGACUGGUUUACGGUCGCUUCAAUGGAUCUUCUUGUGUCAGAAAUCACAACUCAUUCAACUCCAUUAUUAUUUGCAGCAGCUACAAGUACUAUUGGCAUGAGUAGUACUAGCAGCAGCAGCAGUAUUUGCAGCAGUGAAGCCAGUGAAGAUAGCCCAGCAAUAUCAUUUCGUUUUGAGCUUCAAGAUGUCAAGUAUGAUUAUCCAAGCAAAUCUCUAUCUGGGGCUUAUUCAUAUAGGCCUUUGGCUGUUUUAUCAGAUCAUGUUGGACCAGUUUCUUGCUUGGCCUUAUGUGGGGAAUUCAUUCUAAGUGCUUCUCAAGGCAAGGAUAUUAUAGUUUGGCAACAGCCUGAUUUGAGGUUGUUUACAAAGUUUGGUCAAGGUGAUGGUUCUGUUAAGGCAUUAGUUUCUGUUGGCAAUAAGGUUUUUACUGCUCAUCAAGAUAGUAGAAUUAGAGUAUGGAAGGUGUCAAGGAGGUCUGAAAAUGUGUUUAGACUUGUUGAUACACUUCCUACUACAAAGGAUUAUUUAGGAAAGUUUAUGAAGCAAAGUAAUUAUGUGCAAACUAGGAGGCAUCAUAAGAAAUUAUGGAUUGAACAUGCUGAUAGUAUUUCUUGUUUAGCUGUUUAUAAUGGGUUAGUUUAUUCUGGUUCUUGGGAUAAGACUCUUAAGGUUUGGAGAAUAUCAGAUUUGAAGUGUUUGGAGUCAAUUAAGGCUCAUGAUGAUGCUAUAAAUGGAUUGGUGGCCUGUAAAGGGAUAGUUUAUUCAGCAUCUGCAGAUGGGAAAAUAAAGGCUUGGGGGAGAGAGGGAAAGAGUUCACAUUCUUUGAAGGGGAUUUUGGAGGGUCAUAAAGAUGUUUCGCUUAAUUCAGUGAUUGUUUCAGAUGAUGGAAAGUGGGUUUAUGGAGGAGGAUCAGAUGGGUUUGUGAUGGGGUGGGAAGGGAGUUAUGAUUUUGUGAGUUGGAAGAUGGUGUCUGAGACAAAAGCACAUCAAAUGGCUGUUUUGUGCAUUUGUCUAGCGGGGGAGUUUUUGUUUAGUGGAUCAGCUGAUAAGAAUAUUGGUAUAUGGAAGAGAGAGGCUUUUGGUAAGCUUUCCAAGGUUGGGGUCAUAAAUGGCCAUGAAGGGCCUGUCAAGUGUCUACAAGCAUCACCUAAUAUUGUUGGUGGUGGGUUCUUGCUUUACAGUGGUGGCCUUGACAAGAGUUUAAGGGUCUGGUGGGUGCCCAAGCACUCUACAUUACAGAAUACUGAGGAAAAGUCCAUCAGCUUGUGUUAGUAGGACCUUCAAGGUUGAGUCUUGAAGCACUGAUUCCCAGGGCUUAAACUUUGGAUGAUGCAGCUCAUCUAGGGCAAGAUCUGUGGUAUAUAUGCUCUAUAGUGUUGUGAAUUAUACAGGUUUUACAUUUCUCUAAAUUGUAAUUAGCGUGUUGAAGGAAUCAGUCAAUCAAUGAAACAAAUAUUUAUUUUGUCA